AUGAGUAUCAGCCGGAGAGGAGAGGAGAGGCUUUUGGGUCAGUUGGUGAUUCGGUUUGUUGGGUGGCGUUCAAAAGCCAAGGUGGUGACAUGCAAAUCACUGUGUCUCUUUACGACAUCUUUUUCCUGGGCCUUUCAGCAACAAGCUGUGCCUCCAAAGUACCACCACAAAGACCCUGUGACGUCUGACCUGCUGAUAUGCGACCAGUGUCCUCCUGGGACGUCCGUGAGGCAGCACUGCACCACCGACUCGCCCACGGAGUGCCAGCCCUGUCCCGACAGGCAUUUCGCUGAGAACUGGCACUGGGGCGACGUGUGCCAGUAUUGUACCUCGGUGUGUAAGGAGAGGCAGCUGGUGAAGCAAGAGUGCAACAGCACCCACGACCAGCUGUGUGAGUGUGCGCCAGGGUUCCAUCUAGUGGUGGAGUUUUGUAUUGCACACAGUCCCUGUCCUCCUGGAUACGGAGUCACAGCUGCAGGUACACCAGUGAGUGACACCGUGUGUGGACGUUGUCCUGACGGUCACUUCUCCUCCAGCAGCUCAUCCUCUGAGCUGUGUCAGCCCCACAGAAACUGCUCCGAUUUUGGCUUGAAGACCCUCAAAUGGGGCACGUCCACUUCAGACAGCCUCUGUGGUCCCCAGGACAGGAAGGCCACACUGGAGUGCUCUCAGCAUCACGCUCUGUGCCGUAACGAUGUGACCCUCUGUGAGGAGGCAGUCUUUCAGUCUCUGGCCUCCCUGCGUCUGUCUUCAGUUCCUCUUGAGAGACUUCUGGAGAGUCUUCCUGGGCAGAAGGUGGAUCACAAGAGCCUGGAGAGGCUGAAGAAGACCUGCAGUCCCCAACAGCAGGUCCUGCACCUGCUGCGGUUAUGGAGGCAACAGAACAAGGACAAGCUUUUUGGCAUCAUACAAGGAAUGAACCAGUGUGAAAGGAAGAUCUCCCGCUGCAGCGCACUGAGAAACCUCACCAUUGACGACCUGGUGAAGGUGACCAACAGCCUGCCGGGGAUCAAAGUUCAAGAGUACAACGUGAGGGCCAUCAUUUCCACCUGUCCAGACAGGCAGCAUGUCCUGCAGGUUCUGCACCUGUGGAAAACUUCAAAUCACAACCUGGAUUUGGCAAAGGGACUGUCUCACAGUCUGAAGGUGUUGCGCAGCCAGGGGGCACCGCGACAUCUGCUGAAAGGUCUUAAGAAGAUCAGCCGCAUCAUUGGAAACACCUCAGCUCACAAGAUGUAUGAGAAAAUGUUUGUCAACAUGCUCCAGGAGGACUGUUUUAAAGCUCACAAGGCAUUAAAUGAUUGAGGUACUGAGGGGUUGACACAAUCAACAAUCUAUCCUGUCCUCAAGUUCCACAAUCCUGCAUGUUUUAGAGUUUUCGCUGCUCUGACACACCUGAUUUGAAUAAGUGGGAGACUGAAGACAUUUUUUUGCGUUGUAAGGCCCGGCUUGGCCUACCUCAUGGUGCGUUCACACCGAACGCGAUUUCAGCGUCAGGAGCAGCAGGUUUACAUACAAAGUCUAUGGUGGACGCGCUU